AGCCACGAUUUCAAUCCAAAGAGAGCGUCGUAGACAGCAAGAGCCCUAGUGAGCCUGAGGGAUCCCACACUUCCAUAUAGAAUUCCAUAUACUAUGAUGGACAGUAGGCAGAGCUGCAGUGCCGACGGAAGUCCUCCUAACGAUGGGCAAAUACAUCCUGGAGAGCAGCCAUCUCGAUGCAAGCCAUGUUGUCAGCAUUUCAUUGAACCUGGAAGUCUUCCUCAACAUAAGCAAAGGGAAACAGGGGACACACAAAAUAAACGCAUGGAAUGUGGAAAGAGCUUCACUGCCAGUAGACGUCUUCCUGCACAUCAAGCAACACACACUGGGGUGGAGCCAUACACAUGCAUGCAAUGUGACAAGAGUUUCAGUCAGAUGCAACAUCUGACAAUGCAUUAUAGAACCCACACUGGGGAGAGGCCUUACAUAUGCAUGGAAUGUGGAAAGAGCUUCAAUGAAAGUGGAAAUCUUACAAAGCAUCAAAGAACCCACUCUGGGCAGAGGCCCUAUAAGUGUAUACAGUGUGGAAAGACAUUCAAACAUAGUCAACAUCUUACACUUCAUCACAGAACCCACACUGGGGAGAGGCCUUAUACAUGCAUGGGAUGUGGAAAGAGCUUCACUGCCAGUAGUUCUCUUACUGCACAUGAAAGAACACACACUGGGGAGAAGCCAUACAAAUGCGUGGAAUGUGGAAAGAGCUUCAGUAUCAGGGGAAAUCUUGUACAGCAUCAAAGAACCCACACUGGGGAGAAGCCAUACACAUGCAUGGAAUGUGGAAAGAGCUUUACUGAAAGUAGAAGUCUUACAAAGCAUCACAGAACUCACACUGGGGAGAGGCCCUAUACAUGUGCACUGUGUGGAAAGAGAUUCAGCCAGAGUCAAAAUCUUACAAUUCAUCAUAGAACCCACACUGGGGAGAGGCCUUUUGCAUGCAUGGGAUGUGGAAAGAGCUUCACUUCCCGUAGUUCUCUUACUUCACAUGAAAGAACACACACUGGGGAGAAGCCAUACACAUGCGUGGAAUGUGGAAAGAGCUUCAGUAUCAGGGGAAAUCUUGUACAGCAUCAAAGAACCCACACUGGGGAGAAGCCAUACACAUGCAUGGAAUGUGGAAAGAGCUUUACUGAAAGUAAAAGUCUUACAAAGCAUCACAGAACCCACACUGGGGAGAGGCCUUAUACAUUCAUGGGAUGUGGAAAGAACUUCACUUCCCAUAGUUCUCUUACUGCACAUCAAAGAAGCCACACUGGGGAGCAACCAUAGAGAUGCAUCAAAUGUGGAAUGAGCAGAAGAGAACCUCUGCUAUUAUCUCUGCUCCUUUGACUGGGUUGAGGAGGCUGCUGAGGAAACUGAAGGUCUCCUGAGCAAAAGAGCAACCAGGGAGAAAGCAUACAAAA